AUGUCCAUCGAACACUUACUCAACCCGAUUACUUCCACACCAACAUACAUUGCUAUGACGCAAACAUUUGAUUUCACAAACCACUCGCAUAGGCGCUAUAAUCCUUUGAACAAUAGGUAUGUCCUUUGCUCACCCCACAGAGCCAAAAGACCAUGGCAAGGUGCUAAGGAAGAGAUUAAAAAAACAUUGUUGCCUGAUUACGAUCCUAAAUGCUACUUGUGCCCAGGAAAUAUAAGGGCCACUGGGGAUGUAAACCCAAAAUACGAAACAACUUACAUUUUUCCAAACGACUACCCAGCAGUAAAAUUGGAUCAACCUGACUACAAUGGCGAUGAUGCUCAAGAAAAUGGUUUGAAAAAGAAGCUCUUUAAAACACAAGGUGUCAAAGGAAAAUGCUUUGUCAUUUGUUUCUCGCCAAAGCACAAUGUCACUAUUCCAUUGAUGUCACUCGACGAGCUUGCCACCGUGGUAAAUACCUGGCAGAAAUUGUACAACGAUCUUUUAUUGGAGUCGGAGCAAAAAACAGCACCCUACAAAUAUUUACAAAUUUUCGAAAACAAAGGGUUUGCUAUGGGCUGCUCCAAUCCACAUCCUCAUGGGCAGGCUUGGUGUUUAGAUGUUGUACCAACAGAGGUUGAAGAUGAGCUAAACAAUAUGGAAAAGUACUACAAGGAAAACAAUUCGCACUUGUUAGGUGACUACGUGCAGUUGGAGAUACAAGAAAAGGUUAGAACUGUUGCUGAAAACGACUCAUUCAUUGUCGUUGUGCCAUAUUGGGCAUUGUGGCCAUUUGAAACUUUACUUAUAUCGAAAGAACAUUUGAGGUCUUUGAGGGAAUUCAACGACAAACACAAGCGGGAUUUAGCGUCGAUUUUGAAGGUGUUGACUACCAAGUAUGAUAAUUUGUUCAACACUUCGUUCCCAUAUUCAAUGGGUAUCCACCAGGAUCCUUUUGAAUGCUCGGAUGAGCAUCAUAACUGUGCUUGGUUCCAUAUGCAUUUCUACCCUCCAUUAUUAAGAUCAGCUACAGUUAAAAAGUUUUGCGUUGGAUUUGAAAUGUUGGGUGAAGCACAAAGAGACUUAACUAGUGAACAAGCUGCUGCUAGAUUACAAGAAUUGGAUGGUGAUAAACAUUACAUGGAUUUGAUAUAG